AUGACUUCGAAUACUCAUACCGGUACAACUGUUACAAUUUUUUUCGAAGAUGGUAGAAAAUUCAAUGACCAACGUGAUAUAAAACUUAAUGUUAAUGCUAUUAAGACAGCCGAUGCAUCAGCAGUCGUAAAAUGUGGAAAUACCACCGUUGUUUGUGGCAUAAAAUUGGAAUUAGCAAAACCUAAAGCAGAGGAACCUGAUGUAGGCUUUUUAGUAACAAAUGUCGAGUUACUUCCAUUAUGUUCAUCGAAAUUCCGUCCCGGACCUCCCUCGGACCAUGCUCAAGUCAUCAGCAAUAUUGUAUCAGAUAUAGUUACAAACUCUAAAUGUAUAAAUUUGAAAGAUCUAUGUAUAGUGCCGGACAAACUUUCAUGGGUUUUAUAUUGUGAUAUGGUUUGCAUGGAUUAUGACGGCAGUGUUGUUGAUGCCUGCUUGAUAACACUCAUGAGCAGCCUCAAAACAUUGUUACUACCAUCUGUGUCUUUUGAUGUUGAAACGGAAGAAAUAAAAGUUGAUACAACCAUUAAAACACCUUUACCUGUAAAUGGAUUACCGAUUGCUACAAGUUUCGCUGUUUACCAACAGUUAUCAAGAAGCGUGAUAUUAACAGAUCCGACAGCAUAUGAGGAGGAGAUGUGUGGUGGUCUCGGUGCAAACCUUAUAGCUUGUUGGAAUAAAGGACAACUGUGUGGUGUAUUUAAAUUUGGUGGCAGUAAUCUAUCAACGGAAAAUGAAAAAGAAACUUUAGCACUUGCAAAGCAAAAGAGCAAACUAGUUGAAAAGGUCAUAAAUAUCUGUAUAGAAAAUAAAUCAUGA